AUGAGUGGAGUGGUGGAACCCGGGAUUGGGUUUGUGUGGAUUUCAGUAUUUUUAAUUGGAAGUUCGUAUCUAACUGGAUGCUUCUCUGCAUCUGAUGCUAUACUUGAUGAGGGUCAGGAAUUAGUAACAUUUUCUCCACCGAGCAAAACUCCAUCCGAAGGUAGUUCCACAAUCUCUGAUUGUUCUGGUGAAGUUAGCACAGCUCCAUCUGUGCUUGAUAGUAGACAGACAAGUUCUGUAGAAUGUCGUCCUGAGGAUAGAUCUCAAGCCCUAAUGUCGACCAGUCUCUUCCAGAAUGGAACAUCAAUUUUUCAAGGAUUUAUCUCCCGGGCUCGAAAAACUGUACAGGGCUCUGCAGAUGACAUUGGAUGGCUGCAACGUGAAGCAGGCAUGCCUCAUGUUGAAGAUGGAACCAAACGGUUUAUGGAGCUGCUUGAAAACAUCAGAAAUAAUGAGCAUAAGCUGCCAAAUACAAUGGUGUACUUGUUGGUUCCUGGACUUUUUAGUAAUCAUGGCCCUCUUUAUUUUGUUAACACGAAAACAUGUUUCUCAAAAAUGGGCCUGACGUGUCAUAUUGCUAAGAUUCACAGUGAGGGUUCAGUCGAAAAAAAUUCUAGAGAGAUAAAAGACUACAUUGAAGAAAUUUACUGGGGUUCCAAGAAGCGUGUAAUGCUUCUUGGACACAGCAAAGGAGGAGUAGAUGCAGCAGCUGCCUUAUCUUUAUACUGGUCUGAUCUGAAAGAUAAGGUUGCUGGAUUGGCAUUAGCACAGAGUCCCUAUGGAGGAAGCCCAAUUGCUUCGGAUAUUUUGAGAGAGGGGCAGCUCGGAGAUUAUGUUCGAUUAAGAACACUAAUGGAGGUCCUAAUAUGCAAAGUUAUUAAGGGUGAUAUGCAAGCUCUUGAAGAUCUAACUUAUGAGAGACGAAAAGAGUUCUUAAGAAAACACCCGCUGCCCAAAGAACUCCCAGUCGUCUCCUUCCACACUGAAGCUGGACUAGCUCCAAGCGUCCUAGCCACAUUAUCCCACGUCGCUCAUGCCGAUCUCCCUCCCAUCGUCGCCAAUGGCCAAGCUUCCAAGCUUCCGGUAGUAAUGCCUCUUGGUGCUGCAAUGGCCGCUUGUGCUCAGUUACUUCAGGUAAGAUACGGCGAGAAAAGCGAUGGGCUUGUUACGAGAAGAGAUGCUGAGGUUCCUGGCUCAGUUGUUGUUCGGCCUGAUAAAAAACUGGAUCAUGCAUGGAUGGUGUACUCUUCGAUUAAUGAUGAUACGGGCGAGGCAAAUGCUGCAGAGGUGUGUGAGGCUCUUCUCUCGUUGCUAGUCGAGGUUGGGCAGAAGAGAGAGCAUGAGAUUACGGGGAAAAACGAGUGAUUUUGGUUGAUUUGUUGUGUUGAAUUUUGCCUGUAAGAUGCCAGAGUUGUGUUUUUGAUCGCACGUCGUCAAUUGUAGAACUUUGUAUAUAUUCUGUAUAUUUGUUGGAAUCAUUUUACAUUUUUAUAUGGUGUUUAAUGAAAAGUUUACCAAUAUGGUGACGAUUUAGGUUGUGAA